AAACAUCGACUAUGUCAAAAUCUAGGUUGUCUAUGCUCCCAUGAUCUUUCUCUGGCUCGGUGUUCUCGGCUCGCAUACAGACGAAUACACAUUCCCAAGGAAAUUAAUCAGCUAAUAACAAAACUAUUCAGUGAAUAAAAUUGUCGCAAGCGGGCGUUCAUGUUUCGUUGUAAAAAAUGAUCGAAUUUACCAUAAAAACCUUGGAUUCAACGAAUCACAACUUCUCAGUGGAAGAUGAGAUCACCGUUCAGCAACUUAAGGAGAAAGUAAGGGAGCAAAUGGGCAUAGAAAUAAAUCUACAGCGCCUCAUUUUUUGUGGGAGAGUACUGCAAGACGAAAAGAGACUAUCAGAUUAUGAUGUACACGGCAAAGUAGUGCACCUCGUGCAGCGCGCGCCGCCGAGCCCUGAGUCGCGGCACUCCAGCUACCCCGCCGCAGGCGCGGGCGCCGCCGACGGCGCUAAUGCUAACCCCAACCAGGCUAGACGGCCUAGCCCACUAGCCAGUAUCAUCAGAGAAGAGCAAGCUUCCACUUCGCCAACGUCGGGUCGCCUGGACUUCAUCCGCCUCAUGGUGUCUGAAAUCAAGACGUCUUUGGCGAGCCUCCAGUCUCAGUCUCAAACACAGGCACAGGCUCAAGCCCAGGCUGCUAAUGGAGAAGUCGGCGCAGAAAAUGCGGCAGCGUCGGGUAGCGGCGAGGGCAAUGUAGAGAACAUGGAAACAGAUCCCGCACCUAGCGGCGCCCAGGAAGAGGGUGACUCCACACUGGACGAAGCUGGCGAAGCGCCCCCAGACUCGGCUGCGCGAGCACAGCACGCGCGUCGCAGAAGCUACCGCGCAAUCCGUGCUCUCCGCGCGCGGCACUCGCGGCCUCGCGACCUCGGGCAGCUCAUGGAGGAGCUGGAGUCGCUGCAGGAGCAGUUCGCGCCGCACCGCUCCCAGUACACGCACCUGCUCAUGGCUGCUAACAGUGCCGAGCCGCCGAUCUACACGGAAGAGGAACGCCAGAACGCGCAGCGAACCGUCGACAUUGUAUCGGACAUCAUGCACAGUUUCGCUCACGCCUAUCACGCCGUGAGCGACAUCAACUUCCAGGUCGGCCAGCGGAACCCGCGCCUCACCUCCGAGGCGUCCGUCAUGCGACACCCGCUACCCAUGCAGCAGGCGCACAUUAACGUGGUUCAGUCUAACCGCCGCCAGCCGGGGCAGAACGGCACCGUUCCGACGGCGGGCGCCGGCGUAGGCGCGGCCAACACCGCCACCGGUCAAGCCGCGCCUACUACCACCGCCACCGCAACCAGUGCCACCGGCGUCACGAGCGCCACCGUCACCAGCGCCUCGGCCACGGCCACCGCCACCAGCACUAGCGCCGCCGCCCCCGCGCCCAGCGUCACCGUCACCGGCAACCUGACUGACGCUCAGCCAACUACUGAACCCAACGCCCCAGGCAGAAACUCCACUCAGCCUACCGUCAACAUAAACAUACAGCCUGAUCCCAUCACGUACCAAGUGGAGAUCGAGACCAGGGUGCCGAUAGCGUUCGCUCUUGAGAAUGCCCUGUUAAACGGGCUGACCGGCGCCCAUGCCCAGGUGCCGGCCGGUGGCGGCCAGCCGGCCCAGCCCAACCAGCCGCAACCACAGCAGGACGGCCAGGCCAACCAGACGAACCAGGGCAACCAGCCACAACAACCUAGGCGUCAGGUGCUCUUUGAUUUUGAGAAUUUGUUCCGUGGCCUAGGCCAGAACGGCAGUCUGGGUGGCGUGGAGGUGGUAAUGAGUAUGGAGGAGAUCCCCAACGGUCAGAUCGUGGGGUCGGUGCCCGCGGGGCCGGCGGCGGCCGGCGCGCGCCCCGAGCCCGCGCUGCACGGCAUCGGCGUGCAACAAGCCGACGGCGGAGGUAAUACUCCCCACAUCUUCGGAGCAGACAUCUACCUAGGCGGAAUGCCGUGGGGUGGCGCCCCGAGCGCGGACCUACUGCAAAACAUCGUGUCGUCUGUGAUCCGACAAGGCCUGCUGCCGGGCGGCGAGGCCGUCGCGCUGCAAGUGGCGCACGCCAUGCCGACCGCCGCGCCCGACCAGCAGCCGCAGCCGCAGCCGCAGCCGCAGAACGGACACACUCCGAGCAGACACGCCAACCUGCACCUUCGACGCGCUACGACUACGACCCGCGCGCACGCCGUGACUCUCAACAACUUCAUCUACGACAGGUUCCUGUUGUGCGUCAGCCCGCAUGCUCGCCGGCGCUUGCUUAGACGCAGGGAGCAGCAGCAGCACCAGGCCGCCGCGCACGCGCGCGCCCGCGCCGACCGCGCCGCCGCGCAGAACAUUGAGGUCCUACGCGAACGCAACUCCAACUUCACACAGAACCACAUUCAGACUAUGGUAGAUUUGCUGAGCAGCGAGCCUGGGCGCGCUUCGUUCACAAACGCUUUCUUCGUGGCUGUUGCCCGCCACCUGUUCCUCACGGAGCCGAUGCAGAUCGUGUCGGGCGAGUCGGCGCUGGUGCCCAACGAGUUCCAGGCGCUGCGCCAGAUGCUGCGCGUGUACCUGCAGGAGCUGCUGAUGCGCUCCGGCGGCAUGCACAGUGACCACACCUUCGAGACCGUGGCCGGCUUCCUCGUCGACGAGCAACACGACUUCUUGUCGAGAGUGGAAACCAUUGUCCCACUGCGCUCGGAGUUCAACUUCGGAGCGUCGAUGCGUGCGCUGAUCGCCUCGCGGCUGCCGGCGAUCGUGGCCUCGGUCAUGUCCGAUUCCGCCACCGAGGCGUUCGUGGCGCGCUUCUACGCCAUGUUCUCGCAUCUCUUCACUGAUAUGUGCACGCUCAUGGCGUACUGUUGCCGCGACGGUGUGGACGGACUGCGCACGCUGUUUAGAGCCUUUCUGGAAGAGAAAGUACGUGAUUGGGGCAGCGAAGACGUUCAGCAAGUGCUAAUCACACUUGGCAUGGAGAACCUUGGUGUCGUAAUUAACAGCCUGAACGCCAUCACACCGGUCGACCCCAUACAGCAGUUCGUUAUACGACGUGCGCCUGCUGCCGCCGCGGCGGCGCCGGCGGCUCCAGAGCCGAGCCCGAUGGACGUUGCCCCUCCGGCCUCUGAGACGGCCCCCGCCCCCGCCGCGCCCGCGGCGCCGACGGACCCGGCGCCCACGAACGCCUCCGACGUGUCGAGCACCACGACGGAUGCCGGCGAGGCCCGCGCCUCCCGCCCGCUCUCCAGCAACGAGGCGGCACCGGCCACUGAGCCGCAGCCUUCGCGCUCUACACCUAGCCAGAGUACAAGAACGAGCCGACCGGAGCGUGAGACGGCGCCUCAAAGGACUUCCCCCGACUCACAGUCUAACAACCUUAACUUCGUACCGCCAAUGAUGCUGCUACAGCACUGGGGUGAAGAGUGGGUACCGGUGUUCACUCGCGACCAACACAACAUGAGCGCGGCUCAGGAGCCGUACAGCGACGCGUACCUCUCGGGCAUGCCGAGCCGCAAGCGGCGCUGUGUGCGCCAGUCGCGGCCCCCACACACGCUCGAGUCAUUCAUCAACGAGAGCGUACGUGAAGCGAGCUCGCGGCCCGCGCCGGUGGACAGCGAAGCAGUGCGGCGCGCGUUCCGCGAGCACAUGCGCACGAUGGCUCGCAGCCGCGCCUCCAGCUCAGAGGACUACGACCCGCUGCGGUACGCGUCCGCGGCGCGCUUCCUCAACUCUGCCGACACAAAGAAAGACCCGAGUAAAAAAAGCGAGGAUCAAUCUUAAAUGUACUCUCCGUGCACUCCUUGCAGUCUACGCCUGCCUCGUGGUUACAAUAUUAAGUUAAACAUUUCGUAGUCACGCUGUAUGCGAGUGUUGUGUUAGUUAGACUGAUUGCAUUUAUGCAUUUCAAAUUUUGACAUUACCAAUUGAAUGAGUUCAAAAAUUCAAGAGCUAUCUUCUGUCUAAAAGAUUACUUCAUGUGCAAUAUGCAUUUGCAUACUAUGAUUGACUUGGUAUUUUUAAUGUACUCAAAUAAUUUAAGUUGAUAGUAAUAUCAAACAAACCGCACAACCGGUGUGUUUUACACCCAUGAAAAGAAAAAAAAUUGUCGUAUUGUCGUAAUGUCGUGUAAACAUUAUGUUUAAGGAUAGGGGCAAUUUGAAAUAUAUUUGUUAUAAAAUAAUAAAAUUCCAGGGAUUGUUUAUCGCUUCAUUAAGCUAGCUUUAAACAAGAUUUAACGGUAACAGUUGGUAGUGAAAUGUAAUUAGUGUAAACCUCCGUUAUUUAUAUGAAAUCUGAUUUUAAUUUAUUUUUAUAUAGAUAUCGGGUUCUAAAACUUUAGUUUUAUUUUCUACUCAAACUUACAUACACUGUUACUAUUAUGUUUAAAGUAAUUCGUCUGUUUUUUUUUUAAAUUGAGGUUAUAAUUUUUAAUAAAUCCAACUUAUAUACGAAGCACGAAAUUUAAUGCAUGUUAAAUACAACUUUUUAAAAUGUUUAUUUAAUUUGUUUCAUUGUAAAACUGCGCAAUAGCACAUGUAUGAGGCUAUCCCCUUUCCUUUUAACGCGCGCGACUCGGAUCGUUUGCUAUGUACAAUAAAAUAUACAGAACAGACGUUAUCUUUGUAUAUAACGACUCGCUUCAUUUUAACCAGGUGGAAUGUUAAUAAAAUAAUGUUUUUUAUGCACUAGUUGCUAUUUUGUAUACAAAGACAAGCAGUUGUAGUCAGUGCGGCUCGUGGCAGUCCACACCUGUUGAGUGGCGGGAACCGCGCAGGCCCUUGCUCGUGUUAUUAGUGCUGAGCUCAAGACCAGAGACCAAUCACUUGUUGAAACAUGUCUCAUGAGACUGAUGUACUUUUGUAUGUAUAGUAAUGAGAGCAUUCAUUUGGUUACAUUAGCUCUUAGUAGUCGGUCUAUAAACACAUGAGUACAACACUUGAAAUACCUAUCAAAUAUGGUACCUACAAAAAGACAGCUACUGUUAAGGUCCCGUAGGUUCGCGUUCUUCUCUUACUCUCACCGAGCGUAAGAGUGAACGAGAUGGAUGUGCGUGCUCGGGUUUAAACAUUUCUAUAACAUACAAUAGAAAUACAGAGCCAAUUACAGGUUCUCACUUAUAUUCCAAUUUGUUCUACCCACCAAAGCCACGAAUGACUAAAAUCUCGCUAUCUUUUAAAGGGUUACUAUAAAGUCAUUGACAUAUAUCUAAGGACGGGCCUUACAGGCAAUAAGUGUGGGGCCAGUACAGCGGUGUCACGCAUACGAAUUCGAGCCAAUCGUGUAGUCUGACGCCACAUCGCGAUUGGUUGAUGAGUUUGCAUCACGCGCGCGAUUGGUUGCAACUAGUUGCGUUAGAUUGCAUGAUUGGCUCAAAUUCGUGAGUGACACUACUGGACUAGCAUCAUUCUUAGUGCCCAUAAGGCUUGUCCUUAGAUAUAUGUCGAUGUAUAAAGUACCUUACUGUCAGGUAUAUAACCAAUUGAAGUGAUGUUCAAUAGAUAUGCCAAAUAAUGUAAACGAAUCGUCAAUUUUGUUAACAUUUGACGUAUGUAUAUCCUAAGAAAGUGUUACUAAUUAACAUAACUAAUUUUUUAAGGAAGGUAAAUUGGAUUUUUUAAAUUAUUUGCCAUUUCUAUUGAACUCAACUUUACUCGAUAAUGUGACCAAAUUCUAACUGUUACUUAGCGAUAAUGUUUAGUGCAAUUAUUCACAUAGCCUCUAAGCAGCUUUUUGAUCCAUCACAUACACUACAUACAGUAUUGAUGUUUAGCUAAAUACUAAUAUUAAAAUUAAAUGUUAUCACAUAGCAGUCAUUUAUUCGCCUAUUCGUUUGUAAGAAAGGUGUAAGCGCGGAUUAUUGCGAUAUCGAUAGCUAUGAAUUGAAUCAACUCCAUUCUCCCGUAGUGUCUCAUUAAACGGUGUAUUCAAGACAUUACUGAUUAUAACAAAAACCUGUUAGCAGAAUUUAAGAGUUAACGAUGCUUUGUGAUAGUCCGUGUAUGCACAGAAACAGUUGUUUCAUUCACAAUGUGAUGUGUAAGGUAGAGGGUGUAUUUUAAGCUCACAUGAUAAAAUUAUAGGCGUUGAUGUAAUUAAUGUGGCGUUAAAUAAAUAUAAUUAAUGAUUACGGUAAUAAAUUUUGUUUUUUUUU